GCCAGGGGUUCCCCCACCCCACUCUCCGGCAAGCUCCUGGGCAUGUGAGCCUCGGCGCCUCGGAUCAUGUCUCUGGAGGGCCUGGGAGUGACCCAGAAUGUGACAGACCUGGAGGCCCUCCUGAGGGGAGCAGAGGCCAUCCAUGUAAUGGACCAACAGAUCGUGAUCAUUUCCACCCCUGACCAGCUCCCCACGCCCGAAGGCGAGAACGACGCCGAACUGCUGCUCUUCGCCACUCCGCAGCCCGCCCGGUUGGAGACCGCUACACUGAGGCCUGCUCUGGAGCGACCGCCGGUCAAACGGAAGCUGAAUUUGGAGACUGACCACCAAUAUAUUGCAGAGAGUGUCCAAGCAACCCGAGGGAAAGCAAAAAACCCUGUGAAAGGGCUGAAGUCUCCCGGAGAGAAGUCUCGCUAUGAAACUUCUCUGAACCUGACCACCAAACGCUUCUUGGAGCUGCUGAGCCAGUCGCAUGACGGUGUUGUGGAUCUCAACUGGGCUGCUGAGGUGCUGAAGGUGCAGAAGAGGCGGAUCUAUGAUAUCACCAACGUCCUGGAGGGCAUCCAGCUCAUCACCAAGAAGUCAAAGAACCAUAUCCAGUGGCUGGGCAGCCGGUCUGCUGUGGGGAGUGCCAGCAGGAGCCAGGGCUUGGUGAAAGAGCUCCAGGAUCUUCAGGCUGCAGAACAACAAAUGGACAACCUCAUCCAAAUGUGCACCACCCAGUUCAGGCUCCUCACCGAGGAUCCCGAGAACAAGCACACAGCUUAUGUGACUUGCCAAGAUCUGCGCAGCAUCGCAGACCCCUCUGAGCAGCUGGUGAUGGUGAUCAAAGCCCCCCAGGAGACACAGAUGCAAGUCUCUGACCCAGCAGAGGCUUUUCAGAUUGCUGUGAAGAGCACUCAGGGCCCCAUCGAUGUAUUCCUUUGCCCAGAAGAGAGCUCCGGGGUCUGCAGCCCCACCAAGAGCCCGUUGAAAGUGGCCGCUGAAGCUACUUCCCCGGAGUCAUCACGAGCAACAGCGUCUGUGCUGCUUCACCCCUCCCAGGAUAUGAAGCUGCCAUUGCUGAGUGGAGACCAAGAGCUCUUGCUGCCCGGCGGGGACAGCACACCGCCCACGAAGUGCUUGACGGACGACAUGACUCUCUCGCCACUGGCCUCGGUUGACGCACUGCUGGAGCAGGGCAAGGAGGACUUCUCCAGCUUCCUGCCUGCUGAGUUCAUUGCCCUCUCACCACCCCAGACCCAGGACUACCAUUUUGGGCUGGAGGAGGGUGAAGGCAUCAGUGAGCUGUUUGACUGUGACUUUGGAGACUUCACUUCUUUGGAUUUCUGAGUGUCUUUGGGAUUGGGGGGGGGCGCCACGCUCAGCUGACCCUGCCCCAUGUUGUGAGUCAU